CUGCUCCGGUUAUCUCGCGGGUCAGAUUGCUUGCUACUCUGUUCUGUGCUCUGCUUAGCUCAAUAGUAAGGAGGCGGGAUUUAAUCGCCAGUACCAAAACAGCCCUCGGGCACUUGUUUAGCUCCAGCUCCUCCGUCUGUUAAAUCUGGGGAUUCCGGCGGUUCAGCACAACCGCAGAGCAGGCCAUACAAGAGAGGGACAGCAUCUUUUGUCUGCUGUCGUCCUGCACGAUCUUUCCGAGUUCAUGAGGAUCUUGUUUGUUUAUGUGUGCUAAUUUCUCUCUACAUUCCAUAAGUUGCUCCACCUACCUAGCCGCGCAAGAUAGGGAGCACAAGUUCUUAUCGAUAGCGGUAGAAGAGGCCUACCGAGCGGUCGACCGUGGCCAUGGGCGCCCAUUUGGCGCGGUCGUGGUCCGCAACGACCAAGUAGUGGUCAGUUGCCAUAACAUGGUUGUGAAGAACACCGAUGCAACCGCCCAUGCCGAAGUUACUGCAAUAAGAGAGGCUUGCAAGAAGCUCGGGAAGAUCGACUUGUCGGAUUGCGAAAUGUAUGCAUCCUGCGAACCUUGCCCGAUGUGUUUCGGCGCUGUUCGUCUAUCCCGGAUCAAGAGGCUGGUGUAUGGAGCCACGGCAGAAGCUGCUAUUGCCAUGGGAAGCUGCUACCAGAGCGCCAACUUGGAGAUAAAGCGAGUGGAUGGGAAUGGAGCCCUGCUUGCUGAACAACUCUUUGAGAACACCAAGGGGAAAUUUCAAAUGUACUAAUUGUGUAGAUAAAGACGACAUUGAUGUGAUUUCACACCACGGAAGCCCUUGAUGCUCAGAAAAAAAUAAUGCAAUUGUCAAAAAAAAUCUGUCA